CCUGGAUACAAGAUAGGACAAGUCGGAUCACUACAAGAAAUUUUACAUAAAGCAUUUGAAUUCGAAAAAAGCUCCCCAUACAUGUUUUCUAAGAAAUCUAACAAAUCUUGUGGUUUAUAUCAAGUUCAUCACCAAAGCAAAAAUCUUUCUAUUGCUGAUGGGAUGAUUAAAAAUGAUCGCAUGGGAACUAUAAAAAUAUUGAUGACUCUUGAAAUGGCAAUCCAAAGGCACAGAGAAGUCAUUGAAGAUAAUAAUGAAGUGGUCAAAUAUAUAAUGUUGGCUGCAAACUAUGGAAACGCCGAAGCGCUCUAUACUGUAGGAAAAGGCUAUUAUACUGGGACCCAAUAUUUGAAAAAAGAUCUUGACACAGCCAAGGAAUAUUUAAAUGAGGCUAAGAAGAGGAGUGAAUUAGUGGGUUUAGAUAAUUUAGGGAAAGGAAAAAGUGUUGAGUCGGACAAAAAUGCAAAACAAGCGUUUGAUUAUAGUAAAUUUAAUUUUGAUGCUUUUGUGGAUGGUUUUGGUGCCUAUGAAUUGGGAAAUCGUACUGCUAGUGGUCAAAGUUGGCAGUCACAGUCUCAGGCUCCGAACAUGUAUGUUCCUAUCUUUGUUCAGCCUCAACCAUAUUUACAUCCGGAUUGGUUUGGUUAUCCUGGGCAUGGACCGUUCUUAUGCCCGCCUUCUUUUAAAGGGCAAUGGAAUGAAUUUAGCCCUCAGGAUUCUUCCGGCACUUAUUUUUUGGGUCAUCAACCACAACAACACCUACCACAGCGCCCUUUUCAACAAAAUCCCUGA